AUGGGUUGGGAAACGUCCACCCACAGGAAAAUUACUGAUAGAUUAUUAGUACAUAUUUUCACACUUCCGAAGAAAUGGAUAAUUGAAGGCGUCUGGGUUGAUGCCCUUGUUGCUGUCUUCCGGGAAAAUAUCAAGCACUACAGGAAUCGUAGUUUCUUAUCAGUCAAUAGAAAAUGGAGCAGUGGCGACAAAUUAACCCUUCAGCUUCCCAUUAGUUUGAGAACAGAGGCCAUUAAAGAGGACAGGCACGAGUAUGCUUCUAUUCAGGCAAUACUUUAUGGUCCUUACCUACUUGCUGGUCAUACCAGUGGAGACUGGAACCUCAAAGCUGGAUCUGCUAGUUCUCUUUCAGACUCGAUAACACCAAUCCCUGCCUCUUAUAAUGGACAGCUCAUAACUUUUUCCCAAGAGUCUGGGAAUUCAACUUUUGUGCUAACAAAUUCAAACCAAUCAAUUACAAUGGAACAAUUCCCUAAAUCUGGCACCGACGCUUCUCUUCAAGCCACAUUCAGACUUGUCUUUACGAACUCUUCUUCCUCCACAGUCUCCAGAAGUAAAGAUGUUAUCGGCAAAUCCGUCAUGCUUGAACCAUUUAAUCUUCCUGGAAUGCUUUUAGUGCAUCAAGGAAAAGACAGCAGCCUUGCAGUCACAAAUUCUGCCGACGAUGCUGGCUCUUCGAUCUUCCACAUAGUUUCUGGAUUGGAUGGAAAAGCUGGAACUAUAUCUCUGGAAUCAGGAAGCCAGAAGGGCUGCUAUAUGCACAGUGGUGUGGAUCACAAAUCAGGUCAAAGCAUGAAGCUUAGCUGCAAAUCAGGGUCAUCAGCUACUGGAUUUAAUCAGGGAGCCAGCUUUGUAAUGAACAAAGGACUAAGUGAAUAUCAUCCAAUCAGCUUUGUGGCAAAGGGGGACAAAAGGAAUUUUCUUCUUGCACCGAAGAUGAUCUAUUUGAUUUCCAUGCCAUAUCCCUAUUGUUAUUGGAUCACAAUUACGGAAAAUGCAACAUUCUUCGUGGAGACUGUUAACUCUUCUCAUACCUUUGCAACUGGUGGCUCGACAAUUGAUGAGCACUGGAAAGAACCAAAGCGAUUGGCAAGCUACCUAAUCCCUGAGAAAGAAGAAUCAUGUUCAACUUAUAAUAUGCUGCAGAUCUCCAGCAACUUGUUUAGAUGGACCAAAGAAGUGGUGUAUGCAGAUCAUUACGAGCGUGCGCUGACAAACGGUAUACUGAGUAUCCAGGGAGGAACAGAACCUGGAGUCAUGCUUUACAUGCUUCCACUAGCUCCUGGAAAUAGCAAAGCCUUUAGUCAUCAUGGAUGGGGAACCCCAUUUGACAGUUUUUGGUGCUGCUAUGGUACAGGAAUUGUGUCAUUCUCAAAAUUGGGAGAUUCCAUAUACUUCGAAGAGGAAGGAGAAGUCCCAGGACAGAUUUUGAUUAAUCAAAAAGUUGAUCCUGUUGUUUCUUGGGAUCCUUACCUUCGAGUGACAAUAACGUUUCCUUUAGACAUGCUGUUCUGUAAUAAAAACUCUGCUGAACAUGGAGAAACAAACAAUGCAACCCCUUGGAACCGUGCUAAUUCUCCUCAUGAAAUUGCACUACUUUCAUGUGACAGUUCGGUGUACGGCCAGAAUGAUGGUUCAAUUUCACUGGAUAGACGAAAUUCUGUAUCAGAUUUUAAGCUUGCCUCUUUGGAACUGAGGUGGUCAGGACUCAUCGGCAUCAUUUCAGUGCUAGGCAUUGGUUCUGGUGAGCUGAAUAAAGCAUGGAAACUGGUGAAUGAGAUGCUUACCAUAGGUCAUGAGAAUUCAAGUCUUUUCCUUGCGAGGAACAUCGAUCGGAAUAUCAAGUUGAGUAAACUCAAAGGGCACUUGAUUUGGAGCCUCAUUUUGAAUAAGAAGCUCAAAGAUGUUGAAAUCAGCAUUCCAAUAGUUUAUGGUAAUAUAGCAUUCUGGCUUGGAAAAAAGGCAAAUGAGUAUCAAUCUCAUAAGUGGACUGUAUAUGUGCGUGGGGCCACAAACGAGGAUCUUGGUGCAGUAAUAAAGCGUGCCGUUUUUCAGCUUCAUUCUAGUUUCAAUAAUCCUACAAGAGUCAUUGAGGCACCUCCUUUUGAGUUAUCAGAAGCAGGCUGGGGUGAAUUUGAGAUUGCCAUUACACUGUAUUUCCACAGUGAUGUGUGCGAUAAGCCUUUGAACUUAUAUCAUCAUUUGAAGUUGUACCCAGAAGAUGAAUCUGGCCCCAUGUCAAUUAAGAAGCCAGUUGUUGUGGAAUCAUAUGAUGAGAUUGUUUUUCCUGAGCCUUCAGAUGGUUUCUUAGCUCGUGUACAGAGUCAUCCAGCCGUAAAUUUGCCCAGAUUACCUGCUGGUUUUACUUUGCCUCCUCCUGUACCAGUGGAAGAUGCAAGUAAAAGGAAGAGAGGUGACACUAAAGAUCAUCCUCUAGCCCAGUGGUUUAUGAGUUUCUCUGAAGCAGAUGAGCUAUUACAGCUUGCUGCAGCUCGUCAGCAGUUUAGAUUCAAUGUGUUAGGUGCAAGCUCAUAUAGCGAAACUCCGACGACAGAUAAGCUUGAUAGAUGGGCAGAAUCAACAGUUGAAAUCUGCCUCCGACCAGUGAAUGUACUUAUGCAGAGUUUUGAGACUUCUACUUCACAUUGGUUUAGGCUGAAGCACAUGAUGGCAUAG